AUGAUUGACCCGGCCGUCGAAAUGCACAAAGACGCUGCGGCUUAUGAGGCAGCAAUGAGAUACAAACUGCGCAAGGAAGCUUUUGUGUCCAACCUUUCUGGAAGCUCACUCGUAGACAUCAAUCUAGUGACGCUGGUAGCAGCGUCAGCUAUACUCCUUUGGACAGCUCUUUCCAAACGUGGCUCGUUCAGAGGAAGUGAUAUGCCGGUGAUCUAUAUGAUAGAUUUCUUGCUGAACGUAUCCGCGAUACUCUUCGCCUUCACCAUGUAUUCAUCGGUGCCAGUCUUUCUGAACUUGGCAUUGACCGUGCCAGCCGCGCUCCUCCUGCUUCCGUUGCAGCAGUCCCCGAACGCUAAGGUCAACGCCCAGAAGCGAGAACAAGAUUGGACUUCCACGAAGGAACAGGAGAAACAGCUUAAGCCUGGCACGUUGAUAGUUCGCCCUUUUCUGACUAACUAUCGUGGUGCUAUGCUGAUAGCUACUUCGAUCGCUAUACUAGCUGUCGAUUUCCACAUCUUCCCACGACGCUUUGCUAAAGUGGAGACAUGGGGAACGUCGUUGAUGGAUUUAGGCGUGGGAAGCUUCGUCUUCAGUGCUGGACUUGUCAGUGCUCGAACAGUUGUUCGAGAUCAACAGCAAGGAUCGUGGAGACGGGCUAAUCUUGUCACUCGGAUGAUCAAGGCGCUUCGUCACUCUGUACCACUUCUCGUCCUAGGAGUCGUGCGUCUGAUAUCGGUCAAGAACCUCGAUUAUGCAGAACAUGUUUCCGAGUAUGGUGUGCACUGGAACUUCUUCUUCACGCUUGCACUGUUGCCGCCGUGUGUUGAAACGGUGGACAACAGCCUUGCAUUGUUCCGAAGCUCAACCACUGCCACAUCAAAUCCUUCGCGCAGGUCUGUUCGCUACGACUUAGUGGCACUUUCAAUCUCGUUAGCAUACGAAAUACUUCUCAACAACACCAGACUGUUGUCCUUCAUUCUCAUUGCUCCUCGUACACCAGACUCAGACCUCCUCACCAAGAAUCGAGAAGGUAUUUUUUCCUUCUUCGGCUAUUUAGCCGUCUUCCUCUGCGGCAGAAGCACAGGCAUUCUUGUCUGUCAAUUUCGACCACCACCUAACCAGAUCAAGCAAGCCCAACCAAGCAAAGCACGGAAAGCCUUUUCAUCAGCUGAAGCAGAAGCGAGCGCAGUAUUGUUGGAAAGAAACAAAGUCAUUCUACCCGAACUAGUGUUGCGAAGUAUAGUAUUUGUUGGUCUGUACAUGCUGUCUGCGAGUGUGUAUGCUGUCAACUUGACAGUUUCGAGACGUCUGGCGAAUCUGCCAUACGUGCUCUGGAUUGCUGCAUUCAAUAACGGCCAGCUGGCAUUGUUUGCUUUCAUCGAGGCGCUAGGCCCAAAGUUUGUCUUUUUGAACCAUUCAACGGCCAGCGAGAGUGGUAGCAGUUCGGAGAUAGUCAAAGCGGAACAUGUUGCUUCUCCAGUCAUGCAGGCAUAUAACAAGAACGGGCUGGCGAUCUUCUUGGUAGCGAAUUUGGGCACGGGUCUGGUCAAUCUGACUGUCGAUACUUUGAACAUGAGCGCUGCUGGUGCUAUGGGUGUCCUCCUGAUUUAUGCCGGUGCACUGACUGUGGUUGCAGUGGGAUUGCAUAGAUCAGCGAUUAGUAUCAAGAUCUAA